AUGGCUGUGCAUUGGCUUCCAAUCAGCAGCCCCUGCAAGACAAUUUAUCUUUUAACCAACUAUUUCUUCCAGCUCAUAUUCCUUGCAUCAAGGAUAAGAGUAGAACAAGUGGAUAAUUUAACUUUUAGUGUAAAAUAUAUUUAUCUGCAAUGUAUUACAGAUUUGCCUUCCAGUCCCAUCAUUACUGUCUCAGGUGAAGUGAAGGAAGGGACCCGUGUCAGUUUGAACUGCUCUGCUGUCGCUCCCUGUCCCGAACACCCCCCUGAACUGACAUGGACUCUCCCAACACAGUUCACAUCUGAGAACCAACUGCAGGAGAAUCCAGACCAAACCAAAUCAGUUCUCUCCACGGUGACCUUCACUCCAUCAUACCUUCAUCAUGAGAAGAACAUGACUUGUACUGCAGUCUACCCAGUAGGGGCAAGCAACAAGACAGCUGAACAUAACAUGAUGCUUAACGUUUCAUUCUCACCUAAGGACACCUCAGCCUCCAUCAGUCCAGCUGAUCCAGUAUUAGUGGGCAGUUGUGUUAAUCUGACCUGCAGCAGUACAGCCAACCCUCCUGUGACAAACUUCACCUGGUUCCAGAUCUGUGGGGGUAAACCAACACAGGUUGCAUCUGGACAGAGCUACUCCCUCAAUGUGACUGUUAGUGGUGGAGAACUAUACUACUGUGAAGCAAGAAAUAGUCACGGCUGUGGGAAGUCAAGGGAAGUGCAGCUGGCUAUUAAAGGGCAAGAAGAGCCUGUUAACCCAAAGGUUUUUGAGAUUGUAGGAAAAACCUUGGGGUUCAUUUUCCUUUUCAGCCUGGUCGUAUUCUUUGCAUAGUAAAAAGAUAUUCCCAUCCUCAAUGCAAACAUAUUUAUCAUGCUGAUUGUGCUUUUAUAUAUGAAAACCUAAAUGAUGUCAAAAGACCUUUAUUCUUGUCUUCCAGGAGGAGGAGAACAUCUAGACUCCCUAGUGGGUUUGACAUGACAGACCGUUCACAGGGACAGAACUCCCCGGCUGGGACAGUGUGCUCUAACCAGGCUACGGUCGGUAGAGGGAACCAGUAAACACCACUUAACAACCUAGAUGGUCUUUAUGCUCAAGUGAAUAAAUGAGGUGCAUGUUAAUUAUAUUCCAAUGGGUAUUAAGUGUUUUUAUGUACAGUAUUGUCAUUGUGUAUCUGUUUUCUAUUGGUACUUUUGUUACAUUUAUAUUUGUGUGCUCUUUGAUUAUCUGAAUAUUUGUAGAAUUUGCUGGGAUGAAAAGUGUUUAACUGUUACUAUAGUGGUGAUACGAUGAUGUAGGCUACUCUUUAUUUUAGACCAUUUAUUUUGAGUGUUGAGUUCACAGAGCAUCUGUUUAAUGGGUUCCAGUAUAGAGGAACUGCUGAGUUCAACUAGCCAACUGAAGGCAGUUUAAGACCAUAUAAAGUCAAUGAUGACAGGAGAGAAGACACAGUUAGUUGGAGAGACAUUGGUCUGAUACAAGACAGGAAGUUGGUGCAGGAAGUCUACAUGAUGUCAGAAUGGUGUUAACAUCCACUAGUCACUGUUUAUCUUAAUAUUUUGUGCAGUUCCCAGAAUAACAAUAUAAUAUAUUUUCAGUUUAUAUCUAUUUAGAA